AUGUCGGCGCUGGGUGUUGUUGGGACGAGCCGACUCCUGCGUCGCCACGCCUUGACCGCCGUGCGUUCGCGAUGCUCAAGCUGCGCAGCCGAGCAUGUGGCGAACCUUGUGGCAAACUCAAGCCGCCCUCUCCCCGGCCCCGGCUCGCUUUUUUCGCGGCGGUUCGCGUCCAAGUCUGGCAAACGGCCCAGGUUCUCCCAGCGCCUGGGGGAGGCGCUUCGCAACAGUAAAAUAACAUGGUACCACAUUCCCGUCGGUGUCGGGAUCGGCUUCCUGGGUCUGGUGCAGUUUUACAAGGUGACUGCGAGAGAGGAACGACGGCGAAGAGAGGAGGCGGACGGAGUGGCCGAGAGACCCUCAAAGAGACGUCCAAAAGUCCGACCCGAGGGGCCAUGGCAGGUGCAAAUCAUGUCGACUUUGCCGCUCAAAGCUAUUUCGCGACUUUGGGGCCGGUUUAAUGAGCUGACGAUACCGUACUAUUUGCGAAUCCCUGGCUUCAAGCUGUACUCGUUCAUAUUCGGCGUCAAUCUCGACGAAGUUGCCGAACCCGACCUACGCACAUAUCCCAACCUGGCCGCUUUCUUCUACCGAAGGUUGAAGCCCGGUGCCAGACCCCUCGAACCUGAUAGCCACGCUCUUCUCUGUCCAUCUGACGGCAAAGUCCUUCAGUAUGGGAAGAUUGCAGGUGGUGACAUUGAGCAAGUCAAGGGCAUGACAUACAGCGUUGAUGCUCUUUUGGGGAAGAGUCCCUCUGGUGGUGGCCUAUCCACAGGUCGCAGGGCUGCUGCGUCCGGUCAACCUGGCGUUGCCGAGGUCCAUGGGGAUGAGGCGAUCGUGAAGCAAGAGGAGGAAUUUGCCAAGAUGAACGGCAUAUCCUACACACUCCCAGACUUGCUUUUGGGCCGUCCGGACGGACAGCAACCCCACGUAGUGCCGGAUGCGUCGGUGCCGGAGGUCUCUCAGGGUGCCAUAUCCGAGGUACGGGCCGACCUGGCGCUCGGAGAGAAGCCUUGGUACGAUGCCAGACCUUCAGGUGACGCCCUUUCGCUGUAUUACGCCGUCAUUUACCUGGCCCCGGGCGACUACCACAGGUUCCACUCGCCAACCAACUGGGUGGUGGAGCGACGUCGGCACUUCGCUGGCGAACUAUACAGCGUCUCGCCCUAUCUCCAGCGCACGCUACCCGGCCUCUUCACGUUGAACGAGCGGGUCGUGCUCCUGGGACGAUGGCGCUACGGCUUCUUCAGCUACGUGCCCGUUGGGGCCACCAACGUGGGUUCCAUCAAGGUCAGCUUUGACCGCGAGCUGCGCACGAACAGUCUCUUGACCGACACGGCUGCUGACCGCGCCGCCGAGGAAGCUGCUCGACGUGGCGAGCCAUAUCUUGGCUUCGCGGAAGCGUCGUACGAAGGCGCCAGCUCCCUGCUCCGAGGGCACGCCCUUCGAAGAGGAGAGGAGAUGGGCGGGUUUCAGCUGGGCAGCACCAUUGUUCUGGUGUUUGAGGCGCCUUGCGACAAGCAUGAACCGGGCAAACCUUCUACCGGAUGGCAGUGGGCGGUAGAGAAAGGGCAGAAGGUCAAGAUGGGGCAGGCGCUAGGACGCGUUGUAGAAGCCGAGACAUAG